GUCUGGUGUGUGUGUGUGUGUGUGUGUGUGUGGGCACAGGGAGGAGCCAAACGCUUUUCUAUAGGCAGCGAGGGGAGUCGAGGAGGAAGAGAAGAGCGAGUGGGCGGGAUCUAGAGCCAGGCUGGAGUAGAGCAUCCCUGACCGCGGCUCGGCUAACGGCUAGAAAAGCAUCUCCAGACUGAUGCUGAGUCAGGUACAGGUGGAGUCACAUCCUGUUUGGUUUGGACCCUCCAGAAAUCAUGGAGGAGCUGGAACAUACCUGUCCGCUGCCACGAACGACUCUUAUAGAGCCAGCCAUAUUUACCCCGGAGACGAGUUGUGAGUGUCGGGCUCCACACGAGAAGCUGACGAUAGAGCAAGCUCGACUCGGAACACCUGUGGACCGGCCGGUGCGAAUCUAUGCAGAUGGCAUCUUCGAUCUUUUUCAUUCUGGUCACGCUCGUGCCCUGAUGCAGGCUAAGAAUCUGUUCCCUAACGCCUACCUUAUAGUUGGAGUCUGCAGUGAUGAACUCACUCACAAAUACAAGGGCUUCACUGUCAUGACAGAAGACGAGCGCUAUGAGGCACUGAGACACUGCCGCUACGUGGAUGAGGUUUUACGCGAUGCGCCCUGGACACUGACCCAAGAGUUUUUAGAAAAACACAAGAUCGACUUUGUGGCACAUGACGACAUCCCAUACUCCUCUGCUGGAUCUGAGGACGUGUACAAGCAUAUUAAGGAGGCAGGUAUGUUUGUGCCCACUAAAAGGACAGAAGGGAUCUCAACGUCUGACCUCAUCACCCGGAUAGUGAGAGACUAUGACGUGUACGCCAGACGCAACUUGCAGAGGGGCUACACCGCUAAAGAACUGAACGUCAGUUAUAUUAAUGAAAAGAAGUAUCGACUGCAGAAUCAGGUGGACAGGAUGAAAGAGAAGGUGCGGACGGUAGAAGAGAAGUCCAAGCACUUUGUGUAUAGAGUGGAAGAAAAGAGCCAUGAUCUUAUCCAGAAGUGGGAAGAAAAAUCACGAGAGUUCAUUGGGAACUUCCUGGAGCUCUUUGGUCCAGAUGGGACAUGGAAGCAAAUGUUUCAAGAACGUAGUGGACGAAUGAUCCAGGCGUUUUCUCCACGCUGCUCACCCAGCAGCAGCCCGCCAAGGGACUUUUCCCCAUCCCGCUCUCCGUCACCUCCAUCCCGCUGGGCCAUGCCCCGAACCUCACCGCCCUCGUCCCCGAAGGGUGCCUCGGCCUCCAUCAGCAGCAUGAGCGAGGGCGACGAGGACGAGAAGUGAGGAAUAAACCAUCACACACAUAAUAGACUGCACUUUACCAACAAACACACACACAUUAGCAGCGAUGACAGGUCGACUACCCUUAUGGGAAAAUAUUAAGUACUGUACACAGCACAGGGUUGUUGAGGUCCUGUUUAGUUAUGCUGGUAUUACAGCAAACGUUUGAAAGCCAUCGCAGCCCUGAACAGAUCCUGAGAGGAAGGGGAUUCACUAAAUCAAUUGCGGCCACUGUUAAAAGUCUUUUUUCUUUGCACAUACUAUUCGUUUUUUCAGCACCGAAAUCAAAUAAUAAGAAAAAAGAACAUCAACAGGAAUGAGCAAUAUCGGUAUAAUAAUUAUUAAUAGUGUUUAUGCUUGUUCAAUUGUUUAGUUUACGUAUUUUUACAAUUACAAUAUGAUUAUCAUCUUUAAAACCACUUGUAAUUUAAUAAUAAUAUUUUUACCAAAUUCCAAAAUAAUUUUCAUAACAUACAUUAUCAUUUUGUGAUUCGUUUUAAUAUUUAAUUUUAAUAUCUGACAUUUAUCAAUUAUUGGUCAUAACAAGAAAAAAAAACCAAAAGUACUGGUAUCGGUGCAACCCACAAAUUUGGUAAUAACGCAAAAGUGGCCAAUAAAAAAUGUGGUUUGUUAAAUAGACACGGAAGCGGCAUGACUUCAAGUGAAUUCGCCUAAAGUUUAAAGGAUGAAGACUGAUUCUGUAGUCUAUUGCUCAGGUCUGACUGGAACAUUGGGACUGUCCUACUGUAUCAUACUGUAUGUACAUCAAUCCAUGUUUAUUGUUCUCAAAAAACGAUGUCUGAUCCACCUCAUGAAUGUGUAUCCGCUAGCAUUCACUGAGCUGUCCGUGCAUGUGUUUCUCAUUAAUAGUCAUUAAUAGUCAUUAUCCUGUGUGGUACCGCAUCCUUAACCUCAAGCUAUUGUUUGCAAAUAUAUAUGACACAAUCAAGAAAUGUCAGAUUUAAUGUCUUAAGAAUAAUACGUCCAAAAGGUUUAGUGCCUUUUAGAUAAAAGGUAAUAAAAUGAACUCGAACUAAGAGACUAAAUUCAAGCAAAUUAGAGGAUAUUACAUUUAAGGAAUAGUUCACCCCGCCAAAAAAAAUAAAAAUAAAUUGCAUUGCAAGUGAUUUUGCUCCAUUAGAUUUCAAGAAUUUAGCAUCACAUUACUUGUUUACCAGUGAAUCCUCUGCAGUGAAUGGGUGCCGUCAGAAUGAGAGUCCAGCUGAUAUUAUGUUUCUUAUCAGCUGUUUAGACUCUCGUUCUGACGGCACCCAUUUACUGCAGGUGACCCAUUGGUGAGAAAGCGAUGCAAUGCUCAAUUUCACCAGAUCUUUUGCAAUAAAGAAACAAACAAAUCUACAUUUUGGAUCUGCGGGUGAAUAAAUACUUAGCAAAGUUUCAUUUUUUUUGAUGUGAACUAUUCCUUAAAAUCUUUGCUGCUCAAUCUGCCAGUCCUACAUCACGUAUGUCCUCUUGUCUUGUCUAGGUAUGUCAUUAUAUGCCAGAGCCACGUCGAUUUACAUAUCCCGCACUCUGUAAAAACUGUCUUUUUGUUUGUACGUUGUUUUCUUUACAUUAAAACUUGCUUAAAAUGUAAAUAAUUAAUAAACUGAGAAACAAAACAAUA